AUGGAGAUAGAGAUCGAUUCAGGGGAUCUUCUGGUUUUGGUGAUGUUUCUGCACGUACCAAUAAGAGAGGUAGGGACGAGUCUUCUCAUAUCCAGACCUAAAGCGUCACAUACUAUAACAAUUUUAGUUUAUAGUUAUGGUGGUUCUUCUAGAGUAUCGUCUUUACCUACGUCUGAGUACUGUGGGAGACAUCAAUUUGGAAAGUGCAAAAAUAAGAUGAGUACUUAUUUUAGAUGUGGAUAUGGAGACCAUUUCUUGAGGGAUUGUUCAAAGUUAGCUUCCACCUUUCAGACAUCCGUUCGUACUUAUAGUAUAGUUCAGACUUCAGUUGGGGGUCAUAGUCAGCAGAGAGUAUAUGGGCCUGUUAGUAGGGACCGACCUUCUCAGGGUAGGGGUACAGCUCAGACUGAGGCCAAACAACCUAGAUUGGUAUAUACUUCUAAACAUCGACAGGAUUGCGAUGAGCUUGAUGUGAUUGUAGGUACCUUCAUUAUUUAUUUAGUUUCGUAUUAUACCUUAUCUGAUUCUGGUUCUACCCAUUCUUUUGUAUCACAUACUGUAUCUGUAAGUCUCGAUAUUUCGAUUGAGAAUACCUAG